AUGUAUCAACGACUCUUUCAAGGCGUUCAUUCACUGUUAAACCCUUCAAAUCACAUCUAUCAGCAAUCGUACAAAUUCUUGAGUGCUGCUCUACAUGAACUGUUGGUAUUUCAACUUCACAUAUUCUGCAUAUCAGUGAAUCCUCAUAUGCCAUUUGGUGUUGGUCCCAUGCUCCCCAAGUCAUAUUUUGUGUUGUCAAGAAUUCAUCAUCAUGUCCCAGCUCACUGGUGGGAUUAUCAGGACUGUUUUAAGUCCUCCAAUUUAUCCUUGGAAGGAGUUUCAACAGAUUCACGGCCUUUUCGAUUCUUUUCAGCAGCACAUGGAAGUUUCUUCCAGGAAGACAUCUUGAAGCUUCCUGUAGAUGAAUCAACACUUGUUGCGAACUCACCGGGUGACAUCUUUGAGCACUGCCUGGCAAUCACCAGCAAAUCCUCCAGACACUCUUUCCAAUCUGGAUGA